CAAUGACCAUCUCCAGCACCGAUUCUCUGAAUGUAGCCGUCAUCGGAGCUGGCACCUGCGGCCUACUCACCGCCCGAGAGCUUCUCCGACAGAAUCACCGAGUGACCGUCUUUGAAAAAUCAGACCGAGUGGGUGGAACCUGGGUUUACGACUCCCAAAUCGAGGUCGACGAUGGUCUUGGCCUGGAUCCCAAUAGAUCGGUGGUUCAUAGCAGCCUCUACUCGUCUCUCCGAACCAAUCUCCCUCGGCCACUCAUGGGGUUCUCCGAUUACUCUUUGGAACACAGAUCAUAUGGUGAUUCGAGAAUGUUCCCGGGUCACGAAGAGGUUCUGAAGUUUCUAGAAGAUUUUGCUAAUGAGUUUGGCGUGAUUGAGGUGAUUCGAUUUAAAUCGGAGGUGGUGGGAGUGGAGUUAAGGGAUGGUAAUAAAUUAGCGGUGGAGGUGGGAGGAGGUACGGCGGAGGAAGAGGUGUUUGAUGCGGUGGUGGUUUGCAACGGCCACCAUACUCAACCUCGAGUGGCCAAUGAUAUUCCUGGUAUUCAAGAAUGGUCACGAAAACAAGUCCAUAGUCACAACUAUCGUGUUCCCGAACCAUAUCGAGAUCAGGUUGUGGUAGUGAUCGGGAACGGGCCUAGCGCACUUGAUAUAUCUCGAGACAUCGCGACCGUUGCCAAAGAGGUUCAUCUAUCUUCGAGAUCUUCGGACGUCAAGGCCUCGAGGUUGGAUGGAUACGAAAAUAUGUGGCAACAUUUAGAGAUCAAUCGUGUUUUUGGUGACGGACGAGUCAUGUUCCAAGAGGGACAGUCUAUAGAAGCAGAUAUUAUCUUACAUUGCACCGGGUACAAGUACCAUUUCCCGUUUCUAAGAAAAACCGGUGUCGUACAUGUGGACGACAAUCGCGUUGGACCGCUUUACAAGCACGUGUUCCCUCCACAACUCGCACCUAGACUCGCUUUCGUUGGAUUAGCCUACAGUCAAGGCGUCUUGUUUCGAAUGUUUGAGUUGCAAGCGAAGUGGAUAGCGCUUGCAUUAUCCGGCAAGAUAUUGUUGCCGUCAAAAGACGAGAUGUUGAUCGAUGUUCACAAACAUUAUCAAGAAAUGGAGGAAAACGGGAUCCCAAAGCACUACACUCAUUCGCUAAAUUUUCAGUUUGAAUACGUCGAAUGGUUAGCUGCUCAGGUAGGAUGUGAAGUUGAUGAUCGGCUUAAACAGAUCAGCAAGAACGUUCGUGAACACUUUAUUUCUCGUCUUAAUGGCUCCCGUGAUACGUUUGUUUUAUAAUCUUCAUAAUUUUGGUUUAUAGCGUGAUUAGUGAUAGAUAAUCUGAGGUAUAUCGAAGGCAAAAUAAGAACACAAAUCAUUGUAUCAGUAGUAUAUGUAUGCAUCGAAUCAUAUAAUUUGAAUGGCUACUCGCAAUAAUAAA